AGUCCUUUCGUUACUGUCGUCAAAAUUGUAUGUCCGAAGGAGGUCUGAGCGUGACGUGUUGAUGAAUUUUACCAUCGCCCAUGUGUGGGCUAGCUUUUAGAACCAGGAAUAGUCCCUCUCAAAAAACUUCCCUUCGUUGGGGUGAUUGUUGUUUAUUUUCGAACACGUUCUAGUCAUUUUUGUAUAAAAAACAUUAUUAUUUUGUUAAAUAAUCUUUAAGAUAAAAUAACGGUUGCAAUAAAUUUUUAGUGCUUCUACCAGACACUUGUACAGAUAUAGAAAAUGAUUAACGUAGCUGGGAUAAUAUCAAUAAUAAUAUUUUACGUUUUAAUUUUGGGUGUUGGAAUAUGGGCCGGAAGAAAAAAAGAAGAAGGAAAUGAUUCCGAAGAAGAGGUUAUGCUCGCUGGUCGAAAUAUCGGAUUAUUCGUUGGAAUAUUUACAAUGACAGCAACAUGGGUCGGUGGUGGCUACAUCAAUGGGACAGCAGAAGCCAUCUAUACGUCAGGAUUAGUUUGGUGCCAAGCUCCUUUCGGAUAUUCUCUAAGUCUAGUAUUUGGAGGCAUAUUUUUUGCAAAUAAAAUGCGUCAACAAGGCUACAUCACUAUGUUGGAUCCAUUACAAGAUUCAUUUGGAGAGAGAAUGGGAGGACUCCUUUUUUUACCAGCGCUCUGCGGAGAGGUAUUUUGGGCAGCUGGUAUUCUAGCAGCCCUCGGAGCAACUCUUAGCGUUAUAAUAGACAUGGAUCAUCGGACGAGUGUCAUUUUCAGCGCCUGUGUGGCUGUUUUCUAUACUCUAUUCGGAGGACUUUACGCAGUAGCUUACACAGAUGUUAUACAACUAUUUUGUAUCUUCAUUGGGUUGUGGAUGUGCAUACCAUUCGCUUGGAAAAAUGAACACGUCGCUCCUCUUUCCUCGAUGGAAGUUGACUGGAUAGGAGAAGUGAAAAGAGAGGAAUUAUUUUACUAUAUGGAUUACGGAUUAUUAUUGGUAUUCGGAGGAAUUCCUUGGCAAGUGUAUUUCCAGCGGGUACUGAGUAGUAAAUCAGCAGGUAGAGCGCAGGUUUUAUCGUUUGUCGCUGCAUUUGGGUGUGUCCUGAUGGCGAUACCACCUGUUCUGAUUGGUGCAAUUGCCAAAGCUACAGCUUGGAACGAAACUGGUUACAAAGGCCCAUACCCGCUAACAGUAGAUGAAACCAGCAUGAUCCUUCCGAUGGUACUACAAUAUCUCACCCCAAGUUUCGUAUCUUUUUUCGGUUUGGGUGCUGUAUCGGCAGCUGUUAUGUCUUCGGCGGAUUCAAGUGUUUUAUCGGCCAGCUCGAUGUUUGCUAGAAAUGUGUAUAAGCUUAUCUUCAGACAAAAGGCGUCGGAAAUGGAAAUUAUUUGGGUGAUGAGGGUAUCGAUACUGAUCGUUGGGUUCUUGGCGACAGUAAUGGCUUUGACGAUCCCAUCAAUAUAUGGUUUAUGGUCUAUGUGUUCAGAUCUGGUGUAUGUUAUCCUUUUUCCUCAGCUUCUCAUGGUGGUUCAUUUCAAGGAAUAUUGCAACACAUACGGUAGCCUAGCAGCUUAUAUUGUAGCAUUUUUGGUGAGGGUGUCAGGUGGAGAAGAGCUUAUGCAUUUAGAUCCCCUUAUAAAAUAUCCAGGGUGGGAUGAAGAAAAUCGGAGGCAGUUAUUUCCAUUUCGAACGUUAGCUAUGUUAAUGUCCUUAGUGACGUUGAUAGGCGUAUCCUGGUGGACCAAAUGGGUAUUCGAAACUGGUAGACUAGCACCCGGAUACGAUUUCUUCCAUUGUGUGGUUAAUAUACCAGAAGAUAUCCAGAGGGUUGGGGAGCCAAGUGAAGAAGGUGAACAGAUGUCGAUGAUGGCCUCAGGUGCAAUGGGAAAACUUUAUGGAGCAGCAACUAUGGUGGGUAAAGACGAAAGAAACGGCAGAAUCAACCCCGCGUUAGAAACAGAUGACGACGAUAUCCCAUCAUCUGAAUUGAACAAACUAAAGGGCUCAAUAAGCAGUGGGGGAGGUGCAAGAGCUAUAUCCAUCAACCCCAUAGAUAACUCCCAAACAACGCUAUGAAAUAAAGAAGGUAAUUCCUAGAAUAUAUUAGGUGUAAUCAGUCAUUAAAUAGAGAUAGAUGAUUUUUUUAAUGAUGUAUAUAAACAAAGACAAAAUAUGACACGUCAAUUUAAAAAAUAUAGAUAGUUUGGGACUGUUGAGAGAAAAAGAUUGUCAGGUAAUGUUAAUAAAACUCGGCAAAUUGAACUUCGAUCUUGAAUAAAGUUAUAAGAUGAUUCGAUGUGAGUGUAUUUUGUGAAAGAAAGAAACUAAUGGCACUAGGUUGAGGAAUAUUUACUAUAGUGUAGAUGUAAUUGCUUAAAAACUAGUUUCGUUUGAAUUAUUAUGUACAUUUCCUCAAUAUGGGACAUACUAGAUUUUUAGCAAACCUUUGCAACAAUUUGAAAUAGAUAUUAUUUGACUUCUCGAAACUAUUUAGAAAUAACGGAAAUUAUUAAAGACAUAGUUUGCUUUUCCAGAUGUAAUAUAUUGUGGAAUAAAGAUGAUGUAAAAUUAUAUCAAUUUAUCAUAAUCUUGAAGUUUUAUCUCGAGUACGAGCAAUAUAAUGAAAAAUUUACUUAAAAAAAAACUCAGAUGUACAAAAGAUUUGUAAGGACAACUUUUGAAGAAUAAGCAGCACCUUCAAAUAAUAGGAUAAUGAGAGAAUAUUCACAUUAUAGAGAAUAUUAAUAGAUAAUAAAUAUGAUGAUGAAAAUAAUACCACAAAAAGAAAACCACGUUCGGGAGCGUCAGAGGUUGUUGGAAAAUAUUAAAUUUAGCGUGAAAUCUAAAGCGAAAUAGAAACCACGGUUAAAAUGCUGGGAAACUCCAGAAGAUGCGGGAAUUAUAGUAUUAAUGCGUUUUGUUUUGGAAUAUCUUUUUCUUUCAAUAGAAAACUGUGUUAAACCUUCUUCAGACGCUGAGCUUCUUUGUUUGCCCACUGUUAUCAUUUUUUCCUGACCUCCUUUUGAUAUGGUCUCGUUCACGUUUUCCGAUCCAUAUAACUACAUUCUGAAAGUCUAAUUCUGAUCCAAUAUCCUAACUAUCGGAGAAAGGGAGAGAAACAGGUUCUUUGGAUUGUUGGUGUAUGGAAUAGGAACAAUAAUUAGGUGAUAUAAAGUAUAUUUUAGGGUUGGCUAUUCGUUAGGAAAAAUGUUUCUUUUCAAAGCUCUAAUUCUGUUUCUCAUUGUUUAAGUGUUCUCAUUCCAGUCAUCCUCGUUACUAUUUUUGUUGUUUGUCGUUCUUUGUUAGCUAUAGUGAUUAAUUUUUAGUUGACUACCCAAUAUUAUAUUGUCUUCAUCAUGUACAGCAGGUGCUUUAGGCCAGCUUUAAUGAUAAUUUGAAAUCUGUAUUACAGAAUUAUGCACAAUUUUAGUUAUGAAUCCUUGAAUUUGGAAAGACUGCUGGUAGAACCCCGUGACUUCUUAGAAUUAUGCGCAAUUUUGGUUAUGAAUCUUUUAAUUUGGAAAGACUGCUGAUAUAUCGCCUUGAAUUCUUUCGCAAGUUUGGGCUCGUCGCAACAGCAUUUAUCUGAAAUAUAUCAUUAUAUGAAAUUUUGUUUCUUCAUUAUACAUAAUUAUCUAAUGAACAUUAACAUUUAAAUUAAGAAAUACAUUGAACAUAUUUACAUUAGUUAAGUCAAAAUUAGUAAUUUUGGUGAUAUGCUGUUUUAGACCUUACUAAAUUUUUUUGUGAGCAUUCUGUGAGGAUUUUGUUUUCAUUUUAAAAAACAAAUCUAUUAUUAUUCAGAUUUUAUGGCAAGUAACAGGAAUUUUAUAAUGCUUUUAAUAGAAAAAAAAAAGAAUUUAAGGCUUCAGUAGCUCAUAUUUCGUAUUAUGGUACUGUAAACGAGAAGUAAUGCUUCAGAUCAGAUUUUGAAUAACAUCUAACAGAAGAUUAGCGGUAAUUAAUAGAGUUAAGUGGGGCCGUGCAUUUAUCACUUCAAGCAUAAUCUUAAACGGAACAAUGAGAUAUUUUAGAACCAAUGUCAGUUAUGAUCGAAUUUGUCGUCGCCACUCUGCAAGACGGAAUCCUGAUCCAUUGGAAAACAAUAGUCGACUUCAAUACUGUAUGUUGGAAAGUGGCGCGCGCUUCAUUAGGUACAUUUCGAGGAGAUAAUUCGGUUCUCAUUUUCUAUUAUUUAUAUUUUUCUUCACAAUUAAGUUGAUUUUUCGAAUUAAAAGAUAUAAAAAUAAAAUGUUACAGGGUGAUAUAAAUAUUAUAUCAAAGCCUUUAGAGAAAGUUACUUUUUCCAGACUUUGUAACUUUAUUCGGAGACUCAUAUAUAAUAUUUUAAGUGUAAAUAUGUAUAUAGUACAAGUUUAAGAGUAACACCCUGUAGAAAUUGUAAUAUAUUCAAUGAAAUUAAAAGUAAUCCCUCAUUUUAGUAUAACUAUUAAUUUCCCUGGAUUCGAAUGAAAAUAUGAAGUUAAAUAAAAAGAAAAGCUAAAAGACAGAGAGGAAGAAAUUAAUAGAUUUUGUAAUGAUGAUGGAAACGGCCAAAACUUACAAGAUAUCCCAAAAGAAGAUUCUUUGGGUAGUUAUCGAUUUCCAUUAUCUCUUACAAGUCGUUUGAUCUUCAAAUUAUUUUUGCAAAUUAAUUUUAGUUACUCAAUUGAAUACGUUUUGACAACUUUAGGUGAUAAACAUGUAAAUAAUUAUAAAUAUUAUCACUCUAACUUUAGUAUACUCAUUUUUAUGAUCACACAUUUUCUGAAACACUAUCUAGUUUCGUAUAUAUUAUAAAAAAUUCUACACCCACGGAUAACACCACAAAAGACUUAAGAAUUGAGUGAAUGCAUCACUUUAUGAGUUCCUGGAGCUCCAAAAAAACAAAAAAAAAUGAAUAAUAAUUGGCUAGCUGACCUAAGAAAUGAUUAAUAAAGAAUUUUUGCGGGAAGGAACCUUAUUACGUCAAUAGGAGUACGAAAACUACUCUGAAACCAAUACGUAAGCUUAUAUAACGAUGUUUUUUCAAUUGUUAGUAGAUAAUUGAUGAAAAAAGCGCUUCUUUUCAACGUUUAUUUCAAAAAACAUAUGGAAACGUUAUUUCUUCGACUAACACCAUGUAAAAAGUGACACGAACGAUUGUAUGAACAAUAGUUUCACCACUUCAGUAUGACAAAGUGAUAUAACUUGGAAUUAAAUUCGUUUCCUUGCUUCCAACGACAAAGACUUGUGGAAAGGAAAAGCUCCAUUCCUGCGAAACGGCACAUUCUAUGGAACAACCAGUUGGUUGGUCAGAAUACCUGUCAAUACAUCUCUUCAAUGUGAACAUUAAAACUGAAUUUCGGACUGUAAUUGGCAUAUAAAAAAACUACCGUUGUGUCGACUGACUGAAUAUUUUCACUUUCUAAAUGGCUUCUUUCAAAUAACAUAUACGUGGUAUAAAUAACGAAAAUUCAAGAAAUAGAAUUAGAGCAAAUAGAAAACGUUCUGGAUCAGAUGAAGUACACCAGAUUUUAGGUUAGAAUGAGAAUAUGAGUACUUGCAAGACUGUUGCACAUUUGACAAACAGUUACUCACUUAUGAAUUAACUCAAAAAAUAAAACUAGGUACCAUGCAGACUCGAUAAUCCGAACUAUCCUUGUGAACACACUAGAAACGCUCUUCAUGUGAUGAUUUUGGUAGAUAGUGUGUUCAGCAUGAAUAUCACCGAAGGUUUUCGGAUAUUUUAACUAGAUAUAGAAUAGAAGCAACGAUUUUACUUUAGCAAGUAUUACUUGAUAAUAAUAAAUAUAAAACAAAAAAUAAGUUGAUGGGAGGGCAAACAACAAGGGCAGAGGAUACGCGGACAAAGUAGAGGAUCUUUUAAAUCAAUGAAAUGAAAAUUGAAAUGUGAAAAAAGAAUAGAAAAAAAAUUGAGAAAGGUCUACCGAAAGCAGCGUGAAAAAGAGUGUUUAAUGAAAAAUAUCAACAGGAUUUAAAAAUAGAGAAAAAAGCGAAAAGGUGGAAAAACUAGGAAAACAAAAAGAAAUUGUUGAAAAAUUGAGAAAUGAAGGAAAAGAAAAACUAGUAACACAGAUUAAUUUCAUAUUAACAUUAAUACAACGUAAAGAAUAAAGAGGAAUUGGGGAUAUGUAGUUAAGAAACCAAAAAAAAAAAGGAAUUUGAAGGAAUCAGUAGAAAUAUUGAGAGUGUGAGUUUCCCUUGAAAUAUGGAGUUGAUUAAGUAUGAAAGAAAUGUUCAUCUUGAACGACUAUAUAAUUGAUAAGAAGUAAAUGGAGAAAGGAAAAUAAACGGAACUCGGCCAAUGCACAAAGGAAGAGAUGGACAAUAAUGAAAAAAAUACAGAGGAAUUAUUUUCUUAUGGAGUUGUUAAGAAGGGCAGAAAGAAACUAUGGUUUUAAAUUAACUAAGAAUCUAAUUAUGUUGUGGCAUGUAGGUAUUUGAAAAAUUAUGAUAAAAUGAUAUUUUUUUCAAUAACUUCAUCAGCUUUUUUGUACAAAAAGUCUGUAGUAUUAUGAGUAUAUAAGAAGCUAUCGAACUAACAAAUUAUUCUUUUUUAGUAAAACAUAUAUUCCACGAGAAAUGAUUUUUAAAAAUUAACUACUGUAUCGAAUUCAUAUACUGAUAAGCAUAUUAAAAUGUUCUUAACAAAUCUAUCUCUAUUUUUUAGACAACGAUUAGAUCCCUGCCAACCUUCCCCAGAUUUAGUAUAAUGUGUAGAUGCUGUUAAUAUCUUGAUGAAAUACUGCUGAGCAGUUAAGGCUUGUUUUUAAGUUCAGAAGUUUAUAUAAUUGUUAAAAAAUAUUAAUAUAUCUACACAUAGACCUAUCGUAUAUUAUAGAGUCACAUAUUUUGUUAUUUAUACCUAAGUGAAAAUAAGAAUCAUAACAUCAUGUAGAACAGAAAUUGUUUGAAUAGGAAAUAAGAGAAUCAAACAUGGUUUUUUGUAAUAUGCUAUUCGUUCAAACUGGUUUUCGAUAGAUUUUAUUUUGAUACAAAUACAUAUUGAGUUCUUUUAGAAAAAAGUAUGUUGUUAUUUUGGUUGUUUCAAGUUCAAAUUAUCAGAAUUUGGCUUUAAUAGGUACAAUCUAGACAAAAUUGGAAAACUUGAAAUUAUAUUUAGAAGGCUAUUUUCCAUUAUAAUAUUAUACAAUACAUAAAUUGUUUUUCUCGUUUUCUGAUUUCUUAAUUUUGUUUGUUUGUUUUCAAAGAACACGACUAGGGUAGUCGUCCUUCUCUAUUCACUCUCCAAUCUCCAAUAAAAUCAAAUUUUAUGGACUAUUUAACAUGAUUUGCUUCACCACUCAGGUACUAAUUGAUUAAAUUCUCAGUUUUAUACUACCAUAACUCAUAAAAAUGGUUUUCUCUUACAUUUAAAUAUGAAUUUUAACAAAAUAUGUGACAUUAUCUGUAGAAAUUUUAGUAACUAUACUUUAAAAAUCUAUCAACAUAUCAUCUUUCAGAUUAAUAAGAUUUUUAUUUUUACUACACAGUGAAAACAUCUGUGAUUAUUCAUUUUUAAAGGUGAUAUAAUGCAGGAUUAUACAACAAAAUCAAUUUAUAUUAGUACUAUUAUCCAUAAAAGGUAUACAAAUAAAUAUUUCUAGAAAAACGAAAUUAAUUAAGACGGGCUACUAGAUAUGUAGAUCUGCCCUCAGUAUAUAGAAAUGGAUUAUUUCAAUCAUAUAAAAAACAAUUUUUAGACGAUAUCUACAUUAUUUUUAGAUAUCCCGUCUUUCUGGUAAUAUAAUGAACUUUUUUUUCAAUCCGAUCGACAAGUUUUUCGUUUCUGAAGUUAAAAUUAUACAUUAACUGAGAGAAAAUAGAAUAGUUGAAUUUCGAUAGUUCUAUAGACUGUUUAAAUGUACUAAAAAUGUACGAAAAACUGUCUUCGGGAUAUGACCCUUAUCUUGUGGAGACUAAAAAUAAGUUUUUAUUUUUUUCCCAAAAUUUCAGUCAAUCUAGGAACUUGAAAUUCAGUGAUUUUCAUGCACCCACUAAACAUGGGUAUACCUUACUUAAUUUUAUAUCAAACCUUCUUUCGAAAUGAAGAUUUAUGAAAGAAAAUUACAACAAAACCUUUGUUUUAUUUAAAAAUAUUUUUCAUUUACAAUUUUUUCAAUAAAUUAAACGGCAACUGUAAAAUGUAAUACGAUUCAAAAUGAAUACUGGAAAUAACUACUUCUGACCAAAAUAUAUAAAAUAGCUUACGUGUCGUGGAUUGCCAAACACGUUCAAAGAUUAAUGGUGUCAAGUACUAUUUAAAUACGAUUCUCCAAAUCGUUCAUUUUAACUAUGAGGAUGAGGACAAUGCUGGGUCCUUCCUUGACCUGAAGUAUCCUGGACCACCAUCGUGCAUGAAUCACUUGUUUUGCCUGAUAUUGAAUGCGAUGUCUUCAAGUAGUGCAGGGAAAUCAUUUUCGAGAAAGCUGCUGUGAGAAAUUCUAUUCAAUGGCUGAGGCAGGAAAUCAUGCCCGAUAAAAUUGUCCUCUACAAUACCAAUCCACACGAUCACUGGAAAAGCAUUUUGGAAAAGGUGGUCUAUAAUCUCAUGGGGAUUCAUGAUACUCUUGGAUAGGAAUAUUGAAAUACAUGUGAUUAGUUUUCUGCAAGUGCACGAAAAUAACAGAAUUUCUAGUUUUUAACAUCACUGAAAUUUUAGAAAAAAAAUGAACCUCAAUUUUAUUGACCAUCUUUCAAGGGUGAUAUCUCGGAAAGGAAAAGGCUUAAGGCAAUUUCAUUACAGGACAGACACGUCUUAAUUUAAUAUGAGCAAUCACGUCCUGAAUUUUGUCGCAUGAAUUUAGAAAAAACGCUCUGUAUAUUGAAGGUGAUAAUGAUAAUGUUUUAUAUAUAACAGUCUAUUUAUUUAAUAGGCACAUCUCGUAGAUAAAAGGCGACUACAGCAAAAUCUUUUCAUAAAAAGGAAUAUUUAUUGAAAUAAUGUAGUUUCACAGAAAAUUGAAAUAUUCUAUUCUUAAAACUUACUUUGUAGGACGAACGUAUCCUGUAUUAUGAAACUUUUAUAAUUCCGAUCCUUUUUGUAAUGUGAACAUUGUUGAUAUUUAUAUAUUUACCAAUUCUAUUGUAAAUAUCAGGAGUCAACUAAAUAUGGUGGUGAAUUUUAUUUGAAACUUCCCUGAUGAUCGAUGAAUAUUUUUUUAAUAAUAUAUUUUUACGUAGGGCAUCAUAUUAUAUAGUUGACAUUUAGUAUGUUUUAGGGAAAGGGGUCAUCCAUAGAUUACGUCACACGAAUUUUAUGAUUUUUUCACCCUCCGUCCUUUCACAGCUGGUCACAUUUGUGAGACAUCUCCCUCCCUAUUGUGACGUCACAUAUUUUGCAAAUUUAAAUUUAGAGAUUCUUUAAUGAAAAUAGCGGUCUCAAAAUUAGUUUUAUGAUUAACAAAACAAUUAUAUUAAUUAAAGAAAUCAACAAAACACAAAGUAUUGAGAGAAAUAUAUCAAUUAAUCUUCUAAAUAUAAAUAAUCUCGAGUCCUUGGACUUUGAAUCCUUUUCUAUAAAUUAAUGACAGAAAAAUUAGUUGUGUCAACAUCUGCUUCAUUCGAUCAUUCAGCAUCAUCUUCAUCAUUCACACAAAGAAGUUCUCUGGCACGUCUUGUAGCAAUUCUUUGAAGACAAAACUUCGCGAUAGGUAAAAAUUCUUGUUGCUCUUAUGUAAUUGAUGGUGUUGAUUCAUAACUUUGUAUGAUGCAAAAUAUAUACCAUAGAUACUAGAUUAUCGCUUAAGUAAGUUCGCUUCGACAUUAGGACAGUAGCUAUCAUACGGAACUUGAUUCAAAUGUGGUUACGUCUGACUACUUGAAACAGGGGGUGGUAAGAACCUUCCUCGUAAUGGUCGCCAAAGACUGGAUCGUCGUACACCACAACAUAGGAGAACCUUAUACUAUUUGUAAUAAAUAGUGUCCUGUGACGAAUACCGGAUGAUCAGUUUGAUGUAAAUUGGCAGUCGGUAGCGGAAUAAUACAGCAGGUAUCAAGAUUCAAUUACCUGGGAGUGAAUAUAUCUAUUCUCACAUAUGCCUCAGAAAUCAGAGCCGAGAUAUCAACAACAAAAAGAAUAAUGAGAACCACAGAGAUGAAAAUACUACGAACCAUUAAGGGAGUCACCCUCAGGGACAGAAUAAGGAAUGAAGAGAUAAGAGAAGAAUUGGGCGUACAGGAUGUGGUGAGAUGGGCCAGGGCACGAAAAAGAUUCUGGAGGGAUCACGUAGAAAGAAUGCCAGAAGACAGACGGGCAAAAUGGGCUAAAACUCAGAGAUCGAAUACACGCAGACCUGUAGGCAGACCAGCAAAGAGAUUGUACGCUUCUCAGAAAGAUCCAGACGAAGAAAUCAAGAUUAGAAUUGGAAGGCAUUUGUACUCAAUGUUUGUAAACAGAAAUCCAAACCUCCAUGCCAGAAUAGGAUUCAUGGAAAAGUUUUCAAAAGCAGGCAUUUUAGAAAGACUACGAGUGUCUAUUGCACGAGUAUUUGUAUUAGAUGAAGAAUGUUUUUCACUACGAAUUGCUAUGUAUCUAGACCCAGAGUGUGUCACGGUUUCAGGUUUUCCUUCACCAUAUUUCUCUAUUACAAUACCUGCAUAGACAAAGUGAAUAUUUUUCUGCGACUAUGAAAUAAUAAAAAACCUGAUCUGGACUCAAAAUUGAAGCUAACGAUUCACACAGUUGUAUAUGUUUUUGAAGUUUUUGAAAAGUAAUAGUUUAAAGUUAGUGUUUUAACAUUUAGAUUAUAAUAGAUUUUGAAGUGUAGCGUCACGAAAUUAAGGACACUCCAUCCCAUUCGUUUACGUGUGUUGUCAUUUAUGGAUGGCGGUGAGUUAAAAAUGGAUAGAAAUUUUUUUAAACCGAAAAUGUAUGAACAAAAAAAUGUUGCAGGGUAGAAUAAACUUUUGGUGACUAUAUUUAAUGAAGUAACUUGAAUGGAAUUGUUUUCAAAUUUUCAAUUAAUCUUAGUCUGAAUUAACUAAACAUAUCACUCUAUACAUAUCAAUAAAGUUAAUUGGAUAUAAGGCGCACAUUAUUUAGAAAAAAAUAUUAAUUUUGGAAUCAUAUUUUAUAAUGUCCACAUCGAACUCGUCGUAUAUUGUUCAAAAAACUUUGUGCAAGUUUUUUGGAAUGUAAAUUAAUUCGAAAAAAAAUGUCUCAAUGUACGAGCCGAAAUGAAAGAAAUAUGAUGAAUUUCCUGAUGCAUAACGAGAGUAAUAUUUAUUAUAAAUAAUUUCUAAUAUACAAUUUUGUUAUUAGAAACUAAAGAAAAAAAUUAGAGUUACAACAAACUCAGCAAUCGUUUUUAGUAGGCCACAACUUCUAUUUAUUGAGAAAAAUAUAACAGCAUAAAAUAUGUGGAUAUAAGAUUUUCCAUCAGUUCUUUAGGGCUGGAAUCCUUAACUCAUUAAACGGUUUGGGUGUUAAUGCGCCUUUUCAGCACAAGAUAUUUAUUGAUACGUUCCAAACCCGUACACAAGUUUAGUAUAUCAUGUCUUCUUUUAGAUAGAAGUCAAAAAACCUGGUGUGAAAAUUAACAAACUGUAUAAAUGUGCCUUAUUAAUAAUGUUCCAAUUAAAUUUUAACAAUGGAGUUUUAUAUUUGAUGCUGCAUGCAAAAAUAAACAAGUGACCAUCUCAUAGCAUCUUCCACGUAUCCAGCAAAUGAUAUAAAACUUCCACUAAUCUAUAGACACAAUUAUAAACUAAAAAAAAAAUGUAAGAAAUCCAACUGCUCUAUCUGAAGGUUUCAAACAUUUUUGAAAUUUCAUUUCAGUCUUGGACUAUUCACACAUCAAUUUAAGAUCAUACAAAUUAUUUAUAACAGAUUUGAAUGAAUUGUAGUGAAAGGAGUCCCAACAAUAAGAAUCAGAAAUAACAGAAGAUUUUGGAAAAAAUUUCGAUUGCAAUUACGAAACAAUUUACUUAUUCACGGCUUUUUUCUUCAAUUGCGCGGAAUUGAAUGGGAUGAUGUGUAUUAAUAAAGUAAAAUCAACCAAUUUUGAGAGAGAUCUUCUUAUAUAAAUAUGUGCUGUGCAUCCAACGUCUCACCCAAUGCAUCGACAUAAGGAUGUUAAAUACCGGUUUCCGAUAUGGUACACCAGACUAAAAGUUUUCAGAUUUUGGUUUUGUAUUCCACGUCAUUGGGACAAUUUUUCAUGUCAUCUGUGUAAAAGUCGUAAUUUCUUUUAAAAUCACAUUCUCUGUAAAAUGACGUCUUCUUAAUGGAUGGCAGCAUAUCGAAAUUCUUCGUAACUGCUUUUCAGUAUAUUUUGAAUAUUUCUUCCUUUCUCUUUAGUUUUAGACUGUUUUUCGUAUAUAUUACCAAUCUAUUUGGAUUUUCCGAAGUCAAAGCUUUAGGCCGCCCACUUUUUGGAAGGUUUAAACAUGUUUAAUAUUCUGCUCUAUAAAUAUAUUCACAAUAUCAGUUUUUGAUAACCGCCCAACUAAACUGUACUGUACUUUUUCGGAUAUUCAACUUGUACGCCAUAGCUGAAGUGAAAUUUGACAAAAAUUGAAAAGUAAAUUGAAACAUGUAUGUUUUCUAUGGCAACUAGUUAUUCAAAAUCAAAUUAAAGGGAACGAAUUUUUUCCAAAAUUUAUGUUACUUAUUAAAAAAACUAGAUUGAGAGAAAUAGAGGGUGAGAAGACCUGAAAAAUAAGAGAAACUUUAUCUUACAUCCUGUAGAUCUAACAAGGAUUAAAAGAAAAAUUGGGCGAUAAAAAUAAAUCAGAAACCCCAAAUCAUUUAUAUGAAUGUAUCUGCACAUAGGUUUGCGAAGCUGCUUCUGAAUGUCGAAUAAAUGGUCUACACUGCAAAAUAGCAUGUUAAAAGUAUAAAAGAAUGUUCUAGAGUCUAAUAUGAGAUCGUAUAGAGUUUAUAGAGCCCACAAUUUUAAUAAGUUAACUUUUAAUUUUAUAAUUUCAUUCACUGUAACUGAUAUCUAAGGUUUCCAACUUUAAUAGUAUAUCCAUUAUAUUAUUUCUAACAAUGGAACGUAUCAAAGACAAAUAUUUGUACUGAAUCAAAAUUUGAAAUACUCUUAGCAGAGGACAUGUGACAAUGUAUAUGAUUUAUCCUUCAUAUGAAUAUCAGGAGUAUCGGUUUUGUGGCACUGUUGAACAAUCACUUUAUAUUUAUAAUUUUGAUUAUUUGAUUACCUAUAAUAUGUUUAUAUAGUUCUUUCAUUUCGGUUAGAACAGCGAUAUAUCUCUACGUAAGACAUAGACAAGCGAUACUUUCAUUUGUGAGUGUGAGUGAAAUAAUCUAUUUGAAUCACUUUUAGAAUUUCACACAUAUCUAAAUCAUUAAAACUCUGAGAGCCAUAUUUCACAAAAAUAUAAUGAACGUAAAAUAAACGUACUUUGAAAAAAAUGUCUAGCGAAUCAAAACUCUCUAUUCCAAUUAUUUUGAAUUGUUUUAUUUGAAGAAAUUUUGGGUCUCAGUGUAUUUAUUAUAAGAAAUUAUCUUGAUGUUGAAUGUGGUGAAACAAUAAUUAGUGUAUUUCGAAUUUGUUAUGAAUCUAUCUAUACAUAUUAUAUGAUCUGAUGGAAAAAGAUUUUAGAGAAUACAUAACGUUAUUCUAAGUAUGAUAAAAUGCUGUUUUUAAGUAAGUUUCAUUCAUUAAAAUUUAAGUAUAUAGUGCAAUGAAAAUCUCAUUUCUAGGAUUGUAAUUCGGUCACCUUGGGUCAGGAAUAUCAUAACCAUUUGUGGUAAUACCUAAAACUAAUUUUUUUUAUCAAUUUUCAGAAUUUGUAAUCGAAAUAACUUCAGAAUUUCAUGAUUUCUAUCGAUAAAAAAUAUUCCUAAUGAUAUCUUAUCACAAUUAGUGGUGUCCCUUAUAAUUUUUAUAUAGUAAUAAUUUUUUUUAAAUUAAUAAUAUUAGAAAUAAAACAGUGAGCGUCCAAAUAUACUAGGGAGCAGAAAAAUGGACUCAAGCUCCACGCUCUUCUUAUAAAAAUCUCCAGAGAAAAAUCUGUAGCUUCUAUUUUUUUUUUCUAAUUAUGGCAUCUUCAAGCCAUCAGUCUCAGCUCUAUAAUAAGUGAUCUAUGUUAUUUUGGAGUUAUUUUUUUAUAAAGAAAAAAAUUCAAUUGAAAAAGAAUCUUAAACAGUGAAAAAUACAAACAUUAAUACAAACUUAAAUUCGACAAAAUAAUAAUUUAUAUGGAUCGAAUGAGUUUUUUCACUAGAUGCUAUACCAUUCUUCAGUAAGCGCCAUUUUGAGAUCUAUUUUCAUAGCUGGUGAAGGGUUUUUAGACAGAACUUUUGUCUUAAGCUCAUUCUUGAUGAACCUACCAUGCAGGCUCACCCUGCUUUUGUCUGAAAAGAAGUCCUAUUGAUGGUCAGUCCAUUUAACGUGUUCUUUGGUGAAUCAGGCUGAGUUCUCUGAGUUCUUGUUGGACUUGAACACCAGUGAAUGCUGGAUCUAGCGAUGUGCUAACAAUGAAUCGGUCAUUCCUUUUGGAUGUGUAUCUUUUCUUUUGGGAACGGCGUCUUCGGUGAAAAAUAUCAGUCUCUUGGUAACGACGGUAAACUCUUGAAUCAGCAGACUGACUCAUGUCCAGCGCACUGGCCACUUGUCACUGACUCUUGCCUCACAAUAAAGUGACUGUAUUCAUUUUCAGGUAGAUGAUUGUUGGUUGACGCUUGAUGGCUAUCUGAUAGUGGUAGGCCUCUUAAAAGGGUCAGUCAACCCUAAUUAGCACUAUUGUAAACUAUUAUAAAAAGAGUGGUUAACAAUUGAUGGAAUUGAGUAGAAGAAACAUCACAAUAUUGUAUAUCAUUUUUCCAAUGUUAUCACAUUUAAUAGUUUAUCAAAACAGUUUCGUGUUUUUUUUUGUCAGCGACUUGCGAUUGCUGGGAUAUCGCCUGAGUUGAUUUUUUUGCUCAAAAGUUUAUAUUCAUUUCCAGAUUUUAAGCAUUUCUGAGUAGAUUACACAGCUCACGUAUAUCGUUUUAUGUUUAAAUCAAACCUCAUUAGAUUUAGUACAGUAUAUUUUAUAGUAAUUUAACGUUAAAAUUGAAUAUUUUUUCUCAUAUCGACUAGGAAGAUUUAUGAAAUUCUGAAAUUUAUUAUUAAAAUUCCAGUUUAAUUCAAAUAUGAAAACUUGGAGUUUUGGACGAUAUUGCAGAAACCUUAGGUCAUUCAAAAUGAAGUCUUAUGCUAAUACUAAUGAUUGAACUCUAGUAAAAAUGAAAACUAACCUCAAGCUUGCUGAUUAACAUUGGAUAUGACUGGUUUGAUCGUACAAACAGUCGAUUUUGUUAUUUAAAAUAUCCAGUAGCUUCGUAAUUCUUCUUUGGAUACGGCUGAAAUGUCAAUCUCACAAUCCAAUAGGAAAAAUUUCAUCAUCAUGACAUGUUUUUCGCAAUAAAUCUACAAUGAUAAGAAUAUGUUUAUUCAAGAAUAUUGAAUUCAUUAUAAUUUCUAUGGAAAAAGAAAUACCAGAUAAGAAUAACUUUUCUGUUUAGAAAACUCACCUCGAACUUGCUGCGUUGGUUUAGAAUGAAAAAAGAGUACAGCUGUUCCUAUUGACAGUUGAUCUCUACGUGGUAGUCAGUUACAGAGUAUUCUAAAGAUAGCGGCCCUUAUAGAUCUUUGAAUAAUCUGUGAUUAUCCAACGAAGCCAAAAUAAUGAUAUGGAUUGAAAUGAAAAAAGUAUGUCAAUAUAGGUUUGAGGAAGGUCAAAUCGUCAUAUAGAAUAAAAAUAAUUAAAACAGAGUACUACUAUUUUUGCCGGGACACACUACUCCGAUCCGAUUUUGCUAUAAAGAACGGAUCGGUGCAGAAUCGGAACGGGUAAGCACACGCAGUAAGCACUAUACGCUUCCGAGUUACUUCCGAUUUCCAGCUCGAGGUCGAUAUAUCCGCCAUUCUCGAUUCAAUUAAAAUCGCGAAAGUUUCGGUGCGCAAAAUGAUAAAAAAUUUCAGCAACUGCGAUUAAGUCAUGGUGGUACUUUGUUUUGAUGAGGAAGAUGAAAAAAUUGAGAGACAUUUCUUGGAAAACAGAGGGCAAAUGCAGAUUAUAAUUACAUUCUUAUUUUCUUAUUAUCGUCCUGAUUUAUUACAGAUAUACAAUGUACUUCCUAUUCAAUAAAAUUAUUUAUCCCUUUUUUCUUUAAAUUAUGUUUAUGUCUUUACUUUGUAUGUAAUAAAUAGGGAAAAUAUUCUAAUCUGUAGUGUACCUUUGACAUUGAAUUCCUUCGCAACUUUUUUCCCGAUCAUGUCUUUGUCAUACAGUACUGGAUACUUCCUCACUUCUUCAAUAACCUCUUCCGGUUUUAUACCGGAAAUUAUUGCCAAUUUCCGGUAUCGCAUCGGAAAGAUGUAUGAUAAUGUGUGUCCCGGCUUUAAAAACGAUGAUUAGUUGAAAUCCUUAAAAAUUAUUUUUUCUAAAGAAAAUAUCAAUUCUCAUCAUUGUGUAUUUAUUUGUAAAAUAACUGGUUCGUCCCAAAAGAAUGGAACCUACCUUCAUAUCUCCACAUAGUUUUCAAGCAAUCCCUUUAGUACGGCAUCACCAGUAAGUCUUUGUCAAUAAGUUUUUGUUUACAGUACCUUUCGAAUUCGUUGUAUUUUGUUACAGCAAGAAUCAAAAGGUAUAUUUGGUUAAAACUAAAUAUAUUUUUACUGGUGGUGAUGAUGAUAGAAACCAAACAACAGAGAGGAAGCAGUCUGACUUACCAACAGAAAAAAGCGCAUCAAAGUCUCAGUAAAGUGCAAACAAUGUUUUCUUUCAUAAUUUGUUUUGUAUUACAAAUAUGUUCCAAUAUCAAUAAAAUAUACUAUGUUAAAGUCAGGUUGGGACAAGAAUUAGCUAACUAAGAUAACGUGGGAGCUAUCGAACCAUGAGCAGUAGUAUUUAACAAAGCGCCAGCUUCCGUAGAGCUUUAGCGACUUUAAGAUGAUAAAUAACGCUUGAAUGACUUAGUUUCAAUUGAAAAUAGAUAAUUGAAACAAUUUUUUUCAAUUCGAUUGCAAAUUUACAAUCUACUCAAAACAUACAGAGUAAUAAGUAAAUGAAAUGGUUUCUUGCUAAAAGACUUAAAGCGGGCACCAUCCACUGAUGGGUCUCCGUAGAUCAAUCUACGAGGUCUUCUGGUCAGCGUCUUUUCAAUCUUCUCUGUUCCAUUUGAUUAGUGUGAAACUUGGAUAUUAGUAGAUUUUGAUGGUUUUCGUUGCGGUUUUUGUCUCUCAUCGCUGGUGUCUUCAUUGAUGGUUGGAAUACCGAGGUCUGUGACUAAUGUGUGGUUGCUUAUAAACCACGGAGCAUUAGCUAUUAUGCGAAGUAUUUUAUAUUGAAAAUUUACAGUAUCUUGGUGUUUGAUGGUUUACUGCAACCCCAUAGCUCUAUGCCAUAUGUCCAUAUUGGUUUUAGGAUUUUUUUGUACAUAAGUAUCUUGUUUUCCAUUGUUAAUUACGAUCGUCUGUGGAUUAGCCAGUUCAUAUUAUGAAGUUUUAGCUUUAGUUGUGUGUUUCUAUCAAGUUAAUUUUUGGUCCAAGUGUAGUUCGAGGUAUUUGACUUCUGUUUCCACUGGAAUCGGCAUAUCGUUAAUGGUCACUCGCGGACAGACACCUCGUUUUGUGGUAAACGUGAUUUGUGUGGAUUUGUCAGUGUUGACUUUCAUUAUCCACUUAUGUAGCCUUUCUUGUAGAACAUUUAUGUGGUAUUGUAGCUUUUCGGAUGCUCUUGUAGGGUCUGUAUCUGAAGACAUUAUUGCAGUAUCAACUAAGAAGGUAGCGAUUAAAAUAUCGUCCGUAGUUGAAAAUUAAAACAAAUGUAUUCAAAUAAAAUCUAUGAACUGACUUACAAGGUGGCUUAAGGAAGUGGUAACACCACUAGGAACGAAAUAGGGGCUAUUUUAAAGGAUAUCACUUACAAGAUGUUAAAUAAUGACACCAAUGUGUAGGUAUCAACGUAUGAUUAUGAGAAGAAACAAUUUUAGGUUGGAAAAAUACUUAAAAACACAUUUUUAACGGUAGCAGCAUGUUUUGCACCGGUGCGGUAGUUGACUCAAUUUUCCUGAUAUUUUUAGUGUAUAGCAUCCUGUUGAGCAACUUAUUCUUUCAGUACAUAUCAAUAAAAUUAUAUUAUUUUUUCGAAAAAUAGUUGAUUUGCUACUCGUAAUCAACUAAAAAUUAUAUUGUUUCUAAUAUUGAGUCGAACAAUUACUAUUAUCAACAGCUGAUUUAUUAAAUUUAAUUUUAAUGACCAUUGCUGAAUAUAUUUGAGUUGUGAAGUCAACUAUGUUGUUGAACUAAACUAGACAGUAUAUAUUUAUGAGAAAGCUAUAUUUGGUAUGUUAUGUAUACAGAAAAAAUUAAUAUAGACUGUUGAAAACUAGUGUAAUGAAUGCUAUAUAGUACUUAUAUGUAAAAAGUGUUAGAAUAUCUUUAGAAUCUUGUUGUAUCUAAUAAAUGAACUGUGUAAA